CAAAUUUACAAAAUUAAUUGUCAAUUUCACUUCAAAUCCAAACAUGAUUAAAUUUGCACUAUGCCCCUAACUCCCUUAUGUACAGAAUACAUGCCUUUUUAACAAACCUGUGCUUCAAAACAAAAGCUGAUCCAAGCAUACCAGAAAAGUUGUCUUGAAUAGUUCUUUAGGCCAUGGAUGUUAAAAUACCAAACCUCUAUGAUUCCAAGAAUCAUGAUGAACAAAAGCUACAACUUCUUCACAACAUGGAUGUUGUAGAAGCAGAGAGGAGCCUUAUUCAUAGAGCCAUCAAUCAAACAUGUAAGAGCACAGCUCAUUUAGCUAAUCUCUUACCAACUGGCACUGUCCUUUCUUUCCAACUUCUAUCCCCAAUAUUCACAAAUAAAGGUGAAUGUGACCAAGUUAGCAAGUUCAUGACUUUAUCACUUUUAUCACUAUGUGGUGCCUCAUGUUUUUUACUAUGCUUCACUGAUAGCUUAAGAGACAACAAAGGUAACAUAUGUUAUGGUUUUGCAACAUUUAAAGGCUUGUGGGUCAUUGAUGGAUCAGCUACACUUUCACCUGAAAUUGAUGCAAAAUAUAAACUAAGGUUUAUUGAUUUUAUGCAUGCUGUCAUGUCAAUCUUGGUGUUUUCAGCCAUUGCAAUGUUUGAUCAGAAUGUGGUAAAGUGCUUCUUUCCAUCACCUUCAUAUGAGUUUCGUGAAAUCCUUACUGCUUUGCCAGUUGGAAUUGGUGUUUUCUGUAGCAUGUUGUUUGUUGCAUUUCCUACACAAAGGCAUGGAAUUGGAUUCCCACUUUCAACAAAUUAAUAUAGUUUAUAACUACUUUUUAUAUUUAUUUAUAUUUAUGGAACCAAUUUCAAGAAUUUUAUCGAGAAAUUAAUAGUCACGUUUGUAAUAAGUUGCAUAGGAAUAUACAAUUGAAUUUCACUAUUUGGAUAAUUAACAUGCUGAUACUUCAUGAAA